AUGAGUGCCUUACUUCAAUAUAAUAAAAUCAAAUACGAAUGUAGCUGCGGAAAAUGGCGGACACUCCCGGAUUUGUUCUUCUGUCGGCAUUGCUUCAAAAUAAAAUGUGACGACUGCAGCUGUAGAGAAAUUGAUGCGAUAUUCUGUCCACGAUGCCUAGACACCUCUAGUCCACCAGAAGCAAGACUCAAGAAACAUAAAUGUACAAGUUGCAAUGACUGUCCAAACUGUGCUAACGUUCUAAGCGCGCGAGUUGAGAACGAGAAGUAUUAUCUACAUUGCCACCAUUGCCGCUGGUCGACAAGAGAUGCGAAACAAGAUGAUCGUGAGAGUAACAAAUCAUGGCCAACGAAAGAAAAUCCGGUGACAAAUCAUCUGAACGAAGUGACGGCGUAUAUGAAACGAAUGGAAGUGAUUGAGAACGCUCCGAAGGAUUUGAAAAAGGGAAAAGGAAAGGCUUGGUCGGCGAUUCAUUUAAAAGAUAAAUUCGGAGUUCAACAGAUGGUUGAAAAACGACGGAAAGCAAUGGUCCCUGAAAUGAAUCCAUUAAAGGCUCAUGAUCCCACAGAGGCUCCAACACUUGAAGAAGAAAUAGAGAAUCGUUCGAACGUUUUGCGAUCCCUUGAUCAAAUUAUCAUGCAGCCAUUGACGAAUUCGAAUGAACUUUUGUUGCCAGUGAAGGUACCCUUACAAGGAAGAGUUAUGGUUCGAUGCGAUGAAUGCGAGAGAACACUUGUUAAACGAGAUUUUGGAGUCGCAACUUAUAAAUUCAAAAUAUCGUCUUUCGCUCGCGAAUUCAUCCCCGACAUCAGAAUGUCUCGUCCUGUUAAAGAAUUGAAGAUUGGAGAAACAGCACAUGUUUUCCUGUCGGUCACUAAUCUGUCCUCAUCUCCAUUAGAACUGACUAUCACUCCGCAGUCUGGGGAAGGAACGAUUAAGUGUUCCAAUGAACCGAUCCAACUGAAUCUGCCAUCAUCGAAAAGUAUUGAUUCUGCAGCAGGAGGAGUUCAUGCGGAACAAAGCGAUGUCAUUGUAUUCCGUCAGCAUAAUCGAGUUGGUCUUCGAUUGGAUGUUGUCCCGACUGAAUCUGAUCUGACCUCUCCUAUUUUGGAUCUUCUGCUCAACUACAAACAAGAUGGCUCUUUUAGUAUCCUGGCUGCUAGCGAAAAAGUACUGAAACCCGAAGAAUCUGGGGUCGAUCGAAUUCUGCCAGCACACUUGAGAAUAAGCCUUAGUUGA